AUGGCCAACACACCCAACGGCGGCGUCCUGAAGGACCUCUUUGCCCGUGACCUGCCCCGACAGGCCGAGCUCGCCGCGGAGGCUGAGGGCCUCCCGGCCGUUGUCCUGACCGAUCGCCACCUCUGCGAUCUCGAGCUGAUCCUCAAUGGCGGCUUUUCUCCCCUCGAAGGUUUCAUGACGGAGAAGGACUACAAUGGAGUCGUCGAGAACAACCGUCUGACCGAUGGCGCCCUCUUCAGCAUGCCCAUCACGCUCGACGUCGACCAGGCCCAGAUCGAGCAGCUCGGCAUCAAGGCCGGUGCCAGGCUUACCCUGCGCGACCACCGUGAUGACCGCAACCUGGCCAUCCUGACGGUCGAGGACGUCUACCAGCCAGACAAGGUCAAGGAGGCCAAGCUGGUCUUUGGCAGCGAUGACGACACCCACCCUGGCAUCAAGCACCUCUUCAGCGUCGCCAAGAACUUUUACGUUGGCGGCAAGCUGCAGGCCAUCAACCGCCUGGAGCACUACGACUUCCUGGACCUGCGCUUCACCCCCGCGGAGCUCCGAUCGCACUUCAACAAGCUCGGCUGGCAAAAGGUCGUCGCUUUCCAGACCCGAAACCCCAUGCACCGUGCCCACCGUGAGUUGACGGUGCGUGCGGCGCGCUCUCAGCAGGCCAACGUCCUGAUCCACCCGGUCGUCGGCAUGACGAAGCCGGGUGACAUUGACCACUUCACCCGCGUCCGAGUCUACAAGGCGCUGCUGCCCCGAUACCCCAACGGCAUGGCUGCCCUGGCCCUGCUGCCCCUGGCCAUGCGCAUGGGUGGCCCCCGCGAGGCGCUUUGGCACGCCGUCAUCCGCAAGAACCACGGCGCCACUCACUUCAUUGUGGGCCGCGACCACGCCGGCCCCGGCAAGAACAAGAACGGCAAGGACCACUACGGCCCUUACGAGGCUCAGGAGCUGGUCCAGAAGUACCAGGACGAGCUCGGCAUCAAGAUGGUUGAGUUCCAGGAGAUGAUUUACAUCCCCGACAGGGACGAGUACAUGCCUGCCAACGAGAUCCCCGAGGGCACCCGCACCAUGAACAUCUCUGGCACGGAGCUGCGAAACCGCCUCCGCACGGGCAAGGAGAUCCCCGCGUGGUUCUCGUACCCCGAGGUCGUCAAGGUGCUGCGCGAGCAGAACCCUCUGCCGGCCGAGAAGGGCUUCACCGUCUUCAUGACUGGUUACCAGAACAGCGGCAAGGACCAGAUCGCCCGCGCGCUGCAGACGACGCUCAACCAGGGCGGCGGCCGGCCGGUGUCGAUGCUGCUGGGCGAGACUGUGCGCCACGAGCUGUCGUCUGAGCUGGGCUUCAGCCGCCAGGACCGCGACCUCAACAUCUCUCGCAUCGCCUUUGUCGCUUCCGAGCUGACCAAGGCCGGAGCCGCUGUCAUUGCCGCCCCCAUUGCGCCCUUCGAGGCCGCUCGCCAGCAGGCGAGAGAGCUUGUUGAGAAGUCGGGUCCCUUUUUCCUUGUUCAUGUCGCUACUCCUCUCGAGUACUGCGAGAAGAACGACCGCCGGGGCAUCUACAAGAAGGCGCGUGCCGGUGAGAUCAAGGGCUUCACCGGUGUCGACGACCCGUAUGAGAACCCUGCCAAGGCGGAUCUUGUCGUCGACCUCGAGAAGCAAAACGUCCGGUCCAUCGUGCACGAGAUUAUCCUUAUGCUCGAGAGCCGGGGUCUGCUGGACCGACUGUAA